AUGAGUUCUAGAGCAUUGAGAAAGCUGCAGAAUGAUGAAGAGCUGCUUGAAUCCUUGCUAACUUCCUCACUUAAUAAUAGUCAUGCAAAUUCGUCUACUGACGUGAAGAAGACUCCGAAACCUCAAGUUAAUUUGUUUGCCUUAAUGAAUGAUGAUAGCGAUACUGUGGAGUCCGAUGCAAGUAAUUCAGAAGAUAAUAACAGUGUCAAGGAAGUACAAGCUGAGAAAGUUAUACUUCCAACUAAAACACAGAAAAAGAAAAAGCAAAAACAAAAGAAGAAUAAAAAGACCAAUAAGAAGAUAAAUAACCUUUCUGAAGAUGUUGAUAACAAUAACGAGGAAUUUGAUAAAAUACUACAGAAAUUUCAAAAGGAAAAUGUGAUUAAGCAAGGGAAGCUAGCUAUGGCGUCUGGAUCCAAUGACGAUUUUGAUGAAGAAUUCUUCACAGCGUCUGAAACUGAAGAUAACGAUAAUUUAGAAUCAAUUCAAAUUAGUGCUAUAAUUAAGAAUGAUAUUAGAUUAGAUACGGCAUUCUCAAAAUUCCCAAUUUCAUCAUUGAAUCACAGCACUGGAUUUUUUAAUAACGAUUUCAAAUUGUUGGAUCCUCAUUCCGAAUUUAAACUAUUAUUUGAUGACAUAUCUGCAGAGUCGUUAGAAGAUAUUGAUAAAAUGGCAUCUACAUCAAUCUCUCCGCAACAAUUAAAACAAAUUCAACGUAUGAAACGGCUAGUUAGAAACUGGAGUGGAAAAGAUCAUAGAAACGUACCCAAUGGACCAGGUACGAGUAUCCACCGUUUACAAUUCACGAAGAUUAGGAAUGAUUGGAUCCCGUCUCAAAGGGGAGAAUUAUCAAUGAAAUCCCUAAAUAUUGAAGAAUUGACGAAUUGGCAAUUAUGGCAGAGGCCUACCGAUUGGAAGGAUGUGAUAACAGAAGAUGUAAAGAAAUGGAAGAAAACCAUAACUUUCUUCAAAUUUGAACCUCUGGUUGAAGAUACGAAUAGGAAAGCAAUGACAGAAUUUUACCUGAGUGUGGUAUUGCAUCCAGAUCAUGAAGCUUUAAUUAACUUAAUCGCUUCAAAAUUUCCAUAUUUUGUUCCUGGUUUACUGCAAGUAGCUUUAAUCACCAUUAGACAAGGCGAUAAAUCUAAUACAAAUGGAUUACUUCAGAGGGCAUUAUUUGUUUUUGAUAGAGCCUUAAGAAACAAUGUCAAGUUUGACGGUAUUUCUUGUCAGUUGCCUUACGUUCACUUCUAUAACAGACAGUUUUAUUUAACUAUCUUUAGAUACAUUUUGGCAUUAGCUCAAAGAGGUGCUGUUGGUACUGCUGGCGAAUGGUGUAAAGUGUUAUGGUCGUUAAGCCCUUUAGAAGAUCCUCUAGGUUGUAGAUACUUUAUGGAUCAUUAUCUAUUGAUGAAUAAUGACUAUCAAUAUUUAAUUAAACUUUCAAAGAGCCCAUUAAUCAAUACAUACAAACAAUGGUAUACUUUGGGACUUUCGUUGGGUAUCGUAUUGAGUUAUUUGCGAAUUGAAGAGGUUGGAUUAGCUCGUAAGGAAUUACUGAAGUGUUUUAACCAUCAUCCACUUGAAUUGGUUCAAAUAUUUACUGAAAAGUUACUUGGAGAUUCAUCUUUAGUGGAUAGACGCCUAAAGCUAGAAGAUAGUCAUAGGACCGAGAAACUGGAAUUGAAAGCAUACCUUGCAAGAUUCCCAAUCAUAUGGAAGAAUAGUGCUGACAUCUCCUUCUUACAUUCUGAAAUUAAGAAUAUCUUAGAGGAUUGUCAACUCGGUAAAAUAGAAUUUCCAUCAAUGGACGUUGAUACAUCUGAAGAAGAAGUAAAUCCAUUCUUCAUAGAGGGAAUUCCUAUUAAUCUAUUAAGAUUUGCUAUUCUAUCAGAGGAGUCAUCGAUAAUGGCUGCCAUUCCAUCCUCCAUUUGGUCGGAUUACGAUGUUUUUGAAUUUGAUGUCUUACCUCCUCAACCAACAACUAAAGAAUCUAUCGAUAGUUUGGAAUCCGUGAAGAGUUUUAUUAACGAAAAUGAAUUGGUAAUGUCUCAGGCCGCAAUGAUGCAAGACGAGGAUAUGUUAAAUCAAAUCAGACAGCUUUCGCUUCAACAAUACAUACAACAAAAUGAGACCGAGAAUGGUGGUAUAGAAUAA